CCCCAAGCGCGUAUAAGUCAGAAAAAAGUCGACUUCCUUUCUUUCUUUCGUUGACAACGUUUCAAGAAGGAUCAAAACUAUGGCGGACGCAGCUCCAGCCAGUGGACGUGGCGGAUUCCGCGGAGGAUUCGGCGGCGGCGGCGGCGGUAGGGGAGGCCGUGGGGGCCCGCGUGGUCGCGGCAGAGGCCGUGGACGUGGUCGCGGACGCGGAAAGGAGGACUCCAAAGAGUGGGUCCCGGUAACCAAGCUGGGCCGUCUGGUCAGGGACGGAAAAAUCCGCUCCCUCGAGGAGAUCUACCUCUUCUCCCUGCCCAUCAAAGAGUUCGAAAUCAUCGACUUCUUCAUCGGCUCCGACCUCAACGAUGAGGUGCUGAAGAUCAUGCCGGUGCAGAAACAAACGCGUGCCGGUCAACGUACGCGUUUCAAGGCCUUUGUAGCCAUCGGUGACAGCAAAGGUCACAUUGGUUUGGGGGUUAAGUGCAGCAAGGAAGUGGCCACAGCCAUCCGUGGUGCCAUUAUCUUGGCCAAACUUUCCGUUGUGCCGGUGCGUAGAGGAUACUGGGGUAACAAGAUUGGUCAACCUCACACCGUGCCAUGCAAGGUGACUGGUAAGUGCGGUUCCGUGACGGUGCGCCUUAUCCCGGCCCCGCGCGGUACCGGCAUUGUGUCCGCCCCUGUACCGAAAAAACUGCUGCAGAUGGCUGGUAUCGAGGAUUGUUACACUUCGGCCAGGGGUUCCACUGGUACAUUGGGUAACUUUGCCAAGGCCACCUACGCGGCCAUUGGUAAGACGUACGCCUACUUGACCCCCGACUUGUGGAAGGAGAUGCCGUUGAGCAAGACCCCUUACCAGGAGUUUAGCGAGUACCUGGUCAAAAACCAUCGCCCCGCUCUUAAUCCUCACGCUGAAAACGCCGUUUAGGUUUUUUUAUUGUGAUUUGAUUUUAAGUUC